GUAGUAGUGCGAAAGGAAAACGAACACACGUCUAAUUUCGAACAGUUGGUCGAAACGUCAGUCAUUCGUGUAGCAAGUUCUCCAGUUAGGCUCAGUCGAAAACGCGUGGAGCGCUUGAGUUUGUGGUGGUUAGCGAGGCAUUAACUCUUCUCCCGUUCCAAUGCUGCCGCAAUCAUGUAUACAAUUGUAAAUUCAAUUUGACUUCCUAGAUUGUGUGAUGCCAGUGCGAUCACCUCGCCCAAUCCGCGCCUUAACGCUUGCUCGAAGUAACUUGGAGCAGGUUUGCGUUAUCAGCUGCUCCUGCCCCAGUAAUCUCGUGCAUCACACGCAUUCGGAUCAUAACUUCUCCAGCAGCAGCAAAAGCAGCAUAGAACCAGCAACGUCUAUUUGUAGUACAAGCGACCGAUCCGAUAAAGCCGAUCUUCGUCCGCUGGUGUCCAGAAUGCCUAACAUCAAAGUGUUUUCCGGCUCUUCGCAUCCGGAUCUUGCAUCUCGUAUCGUUGAUCGACUCGGUAUCGAUCUCGGAAAAGUGGUAACGAAGAAGUUCAGCAAUUUGGAAACAUGUGUUGAAAUCGGAGAAUCGGUUCGUGGCGAAGAUGUAUACAUUGUGCAGUCCGGCUCGGGUGAGAUCAACGAUAACUUGAUGGAGUUGCUGAUUAUGAUAAAUGCUUGCAAGAUUGCGUCUGCCUCGAGAGUGACCGCUGUGAUACCAUGUUUUCCUUACGCUCGACAAGACAAGAAGGACAAGACGGGCGACGAUAAGCUGGCAGAGCUUAUGAAAACCAAUGAAUGGAAGUUCCGGAGCCGUGCCCCAAUCUCUGCCAAACUGGUAGCUAACAUGCUUUCGGUAGCCGGUGCUGACCACAUAAUAACGAUGGAUCUACACGCUUCGCAGAUACAGGGCUUUUUCGACAUUCCGGUUGAUAAUCUAUAUGCUGAACCAGCAGUUCUGAAAUGGAUUCGCGAGAACAUAGUUGAAUGGCGAAACUCGAUCAUUGUGUCGCCAGACGCAGGAGGUGCGAAGCGUGUCACUUCGAUUGCCGAUCGAUUGAAUGUAGAGUUUGCGCUGAUCCACAAAGAACGGAAGAAGGCUAAUGAGGUCGCGUCGAUGGUACUCGUGGGUGACGUAAAAGAUCGUGUUGCUAUUCUUGUCGAUGAUAUGGCAGACACUUGUGGCACAAUCUGUCACGCUGCGGACAAGUUAGUGGAGGCAGGAGCAACCAAGGUGUACGCUAUUCUGACUCAUGGCAUCUUUAGUGGGCCUGCUAUUUCAAGGAUAAACAACGCUUGUUUCGAAGCAGUUGUCGUCACAAACACCAUCCCACAAGACGGACAUAUGAAGGACUGUUCCAAGAUUCAGUGUAUUGACGUUUCUAUGAUGUUUGCCGAGGCUGUCCGUCGGACGCACAAUGGAGAGAGUGUGUCGUAUUUGUUCUCAAAUGUUCCUUACUAAAAUAUGCGGCCUACUCGAGCAAGUACUUUUCAAUGAAGCUCCAACAAGUAUAACACAAGAUCCAACUGUCAGCUUCACAGCGAUUGAAGAUGUUUAGUGCCAGUCCACACCGAGUAUGCUGUUCGAAAACGUGCGCAAUAUUUUGUUUUGAAAUGUAACACACUAAGCACGUCAAGUACGAUGUCACAGCAUUACAUUUCAAGGUCUCUUUAUCUACCUCUAUAGGAGGUCACGCCGAUUGAUUUGUGGGGUAAGCUAGGUUUCGUUAGCGGAAAUUCAAGAACUGUUUGCGAGCUCACCAACUUUACUGCGGGCUGUGUUGUGCACGCGCUAUCAUUUUGCGGCAACGCAUACACUGCAUUUUUUUAUAUGGAGUUGAUUCGAUUGCGAUGGCUGUCAGCCAUGGCCUUGCAGUAAUUUGGUGAUAACGGAAGCAUUUGUUUGCAUCGCAAAGCAGUUUUUGGGCAUCGUUAGUAGUAUUUUAACGAACCUCCUAUCCAGAGACCUUAGUCAAGUAGUUUAAGAGAGAAAAUAAACAGUCUGUGCAAAAAACAAAAUUAUUGUACAAAUAAGUUGAUGCGUUUCUAAUGCAGCACGAUUAGGAAAAAUCAUUUAUCGAUGUUAUUUCUCGUUUUGAUGGGUCAUAUUUCUAAAUAAUAUGGUUUCAUUACUUUAUGAUGUUUUAUCGCACUGGCAACUCAUCAUGCUGCUAUGUUUUUGUGAUAGCAGUUAUUUGAAUCCUUAAUUGUUAUAAUGGUUUCAGCAGUUUCAUUAGAGUAGAGCUAGCCUAGUCAUGAAAGACGACCAUCAUUCUAUUCUUGGUAGACGAUGGUGCAUGCAGCUUUCUACCCCCUUGCCGAAGUAAAUCUAGGAGUCCCGGAAGGAGUAGAACGGAGAAUAAAGUGGUUAAUGGUUUGGAGCGGAGUCCCGAACACGGACAAAUUUUUCGUGACCGUACUUCAAGUAUUCUCUCAACCGAGAAGCGACAUUGCGAAUAGCGUUAAUGCAUGUGGAAGGCGAAGGGAACAGCAAUGCACGAACAUUGGGCUAUUGUACGUGUUUCGGCCACUCCGUUCUACUAUGUUUAAAAAAGCACAAAAUAAACUAAAAAGAAUAAGCCGAACAGCAA